UGUAAAGCAGGUACAACAGGUUGUGAUCCUCGACCUAAGUUGCAGGACACCAUGCAGGACUUCACAUUAGCGCUCUGCCAGUUCCACCAGAAAGGCCCAGCCUGUCAAACCCAGACCGGAAUAAAGUUCUGGCAAAUUGUAGACUGUGACCUGAGGAAAGACUCACCUCCCGUUGUUUGCUCACACUGGACUGACCGGUUCUGGUGUCUUUGCUCAACACGUUAGUUGCUAGUUCAACUCGACUUUGAAGGAGCAAAAAUGGGAAAAAAUAUGAAAGCGGAACCAGCAGGAAUCCCGUCAUUGCGGAAGAUGUGGAAUCUGUCAUGUGGACGCCAGCCAUGUGAAUGCAGCUUCUUCAACAUCAAAUGAGGGAUUAUCAAGUGGAAUUGUUGGUGUAGCUUCUUAAUCAUCCAGGUUGUACAGUAUAUGUUAAUUGAGUCAAGGAAACUGGACUGUUUGUGUUUGCUGAAGACAUUACACCUUCAAUUUGAAAGGCUUUUUCAAUGUAAAAUUUUGGGUCUGGAGUCACUAUUUGUGUGGGACAUCAGUGGGCUACAAGUGUCGAAUUGAAGGUAUGGCUGUCUAGAUUUGGAGGAGUUGACUAAGUACAGGACUUUGACUCUUUGAGUGAUUAAUAUUGUGGAUAAUAUUUGUAGUAUUCAAAAAGUGGACUUGAAAUUUUAUAGACUUAUGGAGUGUACAUGUAUUUGAGUAAUUGAGUGUACUUGAAUGAGUACUGUUUUUUUUUUUUUUUAAUGUAAAGUAGACUUGCAAACCUGAACAUGUCUCUUGCAAAAUAAGACUUAUUUAGGGGAAAAAACUAGACCUGGAAACAUCUUGGAACUCCUUACAUGGAAUGGACUAUGGCCAAUUAAUGUAGUCCUGAUGGAGACGACCUGCACACUUGAUACCGUGCCCUAGUACACUUAGUAAGGAGUAGACUUUUAGACCUGAGCAAACGAAGGAUUUGUUGGUUGAACUCUCCAAAUGAGGAAGGUGGUAGACUUCCAGACUUAAUUCGCAUGAUAGACAAGAGUUUUAUACUUGAGAGAUUGUAGACCUGUUAGAAUGGAUUUGUAGACUUGACAAAAUAGUGUUGGAAUUGAAUUACAUGUUUGAGUGGAAUUACAGGGUCAGGAAAUAGGGAGGAAGAGUGCACAAAAGGAUUGUAUGUGGUUGACUUGUAGACUUGGAAAAUUGACAAGGUAAAUUCGACUUGGUUGAACUAACUUGAAAGAUUGUAGACUGUAGAGUGAACUUGAAGACUUCAUGGAGAUUUUAUAGACUAAACACUAAAAGACAGUAGUCUCAGUAAUGUGGACUUGUAGACGUUGAAAGAUGUAGCCCUUCUAAAAUGCAUUUGUUGAAUCUGCCUAGAAAACGUUGCAAAAUUGAAAGCAAGAUUGUAAAUUAGUUGGCUUAAAAAAUUCGAAAAUCUUGUGAAUUUGAUCAAGUCGACUCGUGGAACCGAAAUACACUGGAUUGACGAUUGUAGACUUGGUAGUGUGACUUUGCUGAAGUAAUGGCGUCUAAGGAGUCUAUGUUGUCAGGCUUAUCUGCUCUGAAGGACGACGAUCCUCCUCCUUACAUCCAUCCUCACUACAAGGAAUCCUAUCGUCUGGCCAUCUAUGCAUUGCUAUGUGGAGGAAAGGAUGCUUAUAAUGACUUCCUCCAGGCCGAGCAGGUCAACCACUUCCUGUCUGACAGAGAAAUCCGUUUCAUCCUGGAGAACGCCGAGCCCCCUCAGCCAGAGGAUGAUGACGACAGGGCAGAGCGGAACCCCUGGGGAGGAGGCGAACCAGGCCAAUCCACGUACUUUCCUCUAGAGUCAGACGAGGAGGUUCCUGACCUGGACCUGGGCUGGCCCGAGGUGGCUCUGGAAGACCAGGACACUAGUAUCAGUUUACUUUUCCACCCGCCCAGGCCCAGCACACCUACCAUCAAGGAGGUGAUUCGCAAACAGAUCCAGGAUGCCAAACAGGUGGUCGCCAUAGCAAUGGACAUCUUCACAGAUGUGGACAUUUUCAAGGAGGUUCUCGGUGCCACGCUACGGGGUGUGGUUGUCUACAUUCUCCUGGACAAGGGGCACUUUGGCAGCUUUUACGCCAUGUCGCACAGAGCUGGCGUCAACAUCCAAGAUCUCAAGAACAUUCGUGUACGGACAGUACGAGGUCAGCAGUAUCAUUGUCAAUCUGGGAUCAAGUUUCAUGGUGGCUUAGAGCAGCGAUUCAUCCUGGUGGACUGCCGUAGUGUUUUAUACGGAACGUACAGCUAUACGUGGUCCUUUGAGAAGAUCAAUGUGAGCAUGGUGCUGGUGAUCACUGGUCAGCUUGUGAGCUCCUACGAUGAAGAGUUCCGCCGCCUUUACGCUCGCUCAACCAUCCCUGAAGAGCUAUGCAAGGAGAGGUCACGUGUGGAGUACCUGAGAGAACCGGCACUCCUGCGAAGUCCAAACUCCAGCCAACUUUCCCUGCAACAACUUCACAUGAGACCCCGAGGUCCUCGUGGCUUAAGGGUUUUGGCUCAGGAAGAUGUCUUGGACACUGGCGCCAUCAUGACCAGGGGCCUUAGUAUGCAGGACCGCCUGCAUCUCUCCCACUUUCCUGACCACAUGACGAGGGGCCACAGUUUUGGGGGCGACCUUCAAAAGUUAAAUCCCAUGACUCGGUUGAGGAUGGGGACAAAAGAUAUAGGAGUCCCUAUUGUUCCUAACAGGAUGUCUCAACAGCAUAUUCGACACCAAAAUCGCUACGGUCCAGACCAGAAUCUGAUCCCGUUCAACUCUGAGACGUCCCUCCACAGGUGGAAAAUGGACACAUACCUGAACAGCCAGGUGAACCUUGACGGCUCCUGCGAUGCUUUGUCCCCGCUGACUUCGCCGUACAACAGUCGCACUGGCCUGAAUGACCACCAGCCGCAGGGGAUCCAGAACAGGUCAAGGGACAUUAAGUCCCGCUUGGACGAGAUCCGACAAAAGAGACUCAGUUUACAGGAAUUCAAUCAUCUCAGAGAGAGUCAAGAGUCCCUCCGAUCCAUGUACCAAAGCUUGGAUCGGGCCAAGUUCAAGUCUUCGUUAAGAGGCCUUGACGCCAGGCAGAAUGUGCCAGAGAUGGUUGGGUACCUGGAAGCCACAAACCAUAAAGACCUCAAUUCAAACCAGGAGGAUUGCAGAUACCACUCCACCUCAUACUUUGACAUCCAAACAGGCCCAGAGCAAAAAGUGACACCAGGUUACGAAUGGUAUGAGCCACUUGCUAGGACCACUUCGGCUGCCCACUUGGAGGACAAGCUGAAAGACCAGUCUCCCAAGUACCCCGGUGGUCUCCAGCGCCCUAGAACCAUGGAGUCGUUGAUUGAAAUCCCAGAGGAGAAAGAAGGUUCCAGUAAUCCUGUUAAUGGUAUAAAUGCGGUCAAAGACAGAAACAACAUAAAUGACGAUAAGACUUCCAAAAUGCAAUUGAGUGAGAAAAAGUCAGGCUCUCAAGAAUUAAAGUCACCUGUUCAUGAAGAGGACACACUUCCACAGUGUGCAUCCGAGUUAAAAAGUCACCCUCGUGACGAUUUCACGCUUCAGCGGAAAAACUCCACCAGGACAAAAAGCUUAGACGAAAAGAAGACUUCCAAGAAGGAGGAGAAGUCCCUCCAAAGGAAGGCCUCGCUAAGAUCGCAAAACUCUAGCGGUUCAAACUCACGGGCCUCUCCUGUGGGAAAAGCUCAAGGCAACGAGCACCGAAGCAGCCAGAACUCCAUCGGCAAGUCCUCAGUAGAGACUGAAAAGCCAAAGUCUACGUUCAACUUCCACCGAUUAUCUUCUCACCGUUCCAGCAAACGGAAGCCGAACCCGGUUGCAUCGGCGCAAGAGCGAGGCUCGCAGGAAUAUCUGGAGGAGCAGGAAAAGGCAGCCUACGAGAACCGGCAGGAGAAGGCCUACAGCCGCUACGAGUACCUUCUACGUUCUAGUGUUCCUCUGGACAAGGCCAAGCGGGGAGAGGCAGGGCAUUCUUCAGAAAACCUACCGUAUCAAACACAUGGUGCCAGUGACAACAAACUGGGACGAUUCAUGCAACGGGUUGGAAAUCUCAUUGGGAAGAACAAGUAGAACCCCAGAAGAAUGUAUUCAGUAUGCUCGCAAUAUAGUCACAUGAAGAGUACAAAUUAAAAUACAUACGUACAUAUAGUAUAUAAAAGUGACUUUUUAAUGUGUUUCUGCAAAUACCUUUUGUCUUGAGUCCGGGCUCCCGGCUCUACACAGAGGCAAGAGGGGGCAGUGCUCCUUCAAAUAAAUGUCUUGCCCCCUCAAAUUAAAAUAUUAGAAAUUGUGAACGCACAAUUUAAACACACUCACAAAAUUAAUAUAUUACAAAUUGACAGAUUUAUCUGCACUCAAUAUACAGGGUCAGGCAAAAUGAUCUGACACAUUAGUAGGCUUAGGAAAAGCCAAAUAAAGUAAAGAAACAAAAAGGUGUUUUUUAUUUUCGAAAAGUACAUAUAUUGCCAUUUUGUUUCAUUACGUUU